CCUACUGCAGUAGUUCAUAGACCGUGAAACGGAAAACAAUUGAUUCUGCAAUACUAUUUUCCACAUAUCAUUGAUAACAAUUAAUACAGAUUUUUAAGCCUGAAUUUAAUAGUUGCGUACCUUUGUUAAAAUUUUAUUUACGAAAGAAACAUUAUACGUCAGCUAAUUUUAGUUUAAAAUAAUGUUAAGUAGAAAAUUAUUUUUGUUUCGGCCGAGGAUUCUUAAAAAUUAUUUUAGGCAAAUAAAUACUAGUAAUAUUAUACCUUCACUGAUAAACAAUACAACUUCACAGAAUGAAGUACUAUUUCCUAUAGAAAAGUCACCACGAAUUUUGAUUACAGGUGGUCUAGGUCAAUUAGGAACAGAAUGUGCUAAGCUCUUCCGUAAAAAAUAUGGAAAAGAUAAUGUCAUUCUUUCAGAUAUUAUAAAACCAACGGAUGAAUGUUUGUCAGGUGGUCCUUUUAUCUUUGCUGACAUUCUAGAUUUUAAAGGACUUCAGAAAAUAGUAGUUAAUUAUCAAAUCGACUGGUUGAUUCAUUUUAGUGCUCUUUUGAGUGCAGUUGGAGAGCAAAAUGUUCCUUUAGCUGUUCGUGUCAAUAUAGAAGGAAUGCACAACGUUAUGGAGUUAGCAAAACAGUAUAAUUUAAAAAUCUUUGUGCCUUCAACUAUCGGAGCUUUCGGCCCUGACUCUCCUCGAAACCCUACUCCAAAUGUGACAGUACAGAGACCUAGGACAAUUUAUGGAGUUAGUAAAGUUCAUGCUGAGCUGCUUGGUGAAUAUUAUCAUCAUAGAUUUGGGUUAGAUUUUCGUUGUUUGAGAUUCCCCGGAGUUAUUAGCAGUGAUCCACCAGGUGGUGGUACAACAGAUUACGCUGUAGCAGUUUUCCAUGAAGGUCUCAUGACGAAAAAAUAUGAAUGCUAUUUGGAACCUUAUACGAAAUUACCUAUGAUGUAUAUUGAAGAUUGUCUCAAUGCAUUGUUUCAAUUUCUUAAUACUCCUAAUGAAUUAUUACGUAAGAGAACUUAUAACGUUACUGCAAUGAGUUUUACUCCUGAAGAACUGUUUGCUGAACUUAGGAAACAUAUGCCUGAUCUUCAAAUUACUUAUAAACCAGACUCUCGUCAGAUGAUUGCUGAAUCUUGGCCUCAAGUAUUUGAUGAUUCAGAAGCCCGUCGAGAUUGGGGAUGGAAACAUAAAUAUGAUCUUCCGGCACUUGUGUCGACAAUGAUUCAAGACGUUAGUGAAAAUUUUCUUCCUAAAUAUCAAAAACUUAAUGAAGUAAAUAGUUAUGCAUAAAUAAUCAAAUACUCUUAUAUAAUUAUUAUUAUUAUAUACUUUUAUAGUUUAUAGUUUUUUAUUUUGAUAAAUAUAAAAAUUUUUUUGGAAUAUUUUUUUGA